CGCAGAUCCGACCCGUAAUCUCUGGGGGUGAGACACCAAAACGGCGAUGGCGGCUUCCUCGCACAAGAUCCAUUUCUUCAUUCCGUUGGCAAAUCUCGUCCUUCUCCUCACCAUUUCUCUGUUCGACGAUGCCCAAUCCAUCCGUAUAUCGGGUCGGAUCUCGGAAACGGCCGUGGAUUCGUCGGAUCGUCCGAUUAUGACGGCGAUUUUCGCGCUCGGAAGCUUCUGGCGGUCGGAGGCGGCUUUCGGAUGCGUGGACGGAGUGGUACGGACAUCCGUUGGCUACGCUGGCGGAAACAAGGCGAAUCCAGAGUACAGGAGCUUGGGAGAUCACGCCGAGUCCGUACAGGUUGAGUAUGAUCCAAGAAUCGUGAGUUUCCGGCAACUCUUAGAUGUUUUCUGGUCUAGUCAUGAUUCGAGGCAGGUGUUUGGGCAGGGUCCUGAUGUUGGUAACCAGUACAGGUCUAUAAUCUUCACAAAUUCUACGGAAGAGCAGAGAAUGGCUUCCGCUAGCAAAGAGAGAGAGCAACUCAAAUCGAGGGGCAGUAUUGUGACUACUCAAAUUCAACAACUGGGAACGUUCUACCGAGCAGAGGCUGACCAUCAGAAAUUCGAGCUGAAACAACAUCCAUUCCUUCUUCAGCUAAUGGGAAACAUGCCAGAAGAAGAGCUCGAGAGAUCAACCCUUGCCUCGAGACUAAACGGUUACGCAGCCGAGCUCUGCCCUCCCAGAAUUCAGAAGCAAAUCGAUUCCAAAGUGAACGAGAUCAUCAGAAAAGGCUGGCCAGUCUUGAGAGACAUAUAGCCGAAAUCUUCAAUUCAAAGCUCACCUCAUAUAUUAAGUGGUUUUGUUCAUUCUUUGCCCCACCAAUUCGUUGUAUACUUAGUUUAGAUUGCAAUUGGAAGGACAUGGGGAGACAUUACAUCUCUUUGACAUGAGGAAGUGAUGCUGAAGCAGAGGCUUUUUCAGUGUGUGUUAUGUUACCAAUGCCAAUGAUGGUAACUAGUAAAAUGUCAUUUCCUUUGAUAGUUAAUCAAGGAGAGACUGAUCAAGCAGAGUCAUAAAACGUUAAA